AUGACGCUGGAUAAUACCAACAUGCAUACUCUUUCUUGGCGAUGUGCAUCAAAUAAGGAGCACAGGUUAUUGGGCUAUUGGCAGAUUGGCCAGAUCAUUCAUGGAGUCAAAUUAUUUGCACAACCACUUCAGCUAUACCACAAUAGCGGCUCUAACUUAGGUUUCCUGUCUACCGCGCGAACAAAGCAUGAAGAUAGGCUCAGCAUGCUGACUGAUGACAUAUUAUUAUCUAUCUUGGGGAGAGUUGACACAGCCACGGCAACACGGACUAGCGUGUUGUCAAAGCGGUGGAGAGAUUUGCCAUGGUUGCUUCCUGUCCUCAACCUUCGUGUCUGGAAUUUUCUGCCGCAUCCAUGCCCGGAACCCAUUGCAGCACAUCACAUGGAUCAAGCAAUGUCACGUCUAACCAAAGCAACUAGGAGUUUCUUGGCUGAUCCAAACAGCAAAUCCACCAUCAUCAAAAGGCUAAGCCUUCAGCUCUAUGUGACCGGCGAUUACACACGUGAGAUUGGCCCACUGGCUCGCGAUGCGAUUGAUUGCGGGGUAGUAAAAAAACUGUGCCUUGCAAUUGUUGAUGAGAAGGAUCCUAGAGACUGUGAACAUGAGUAUAUGCUACAGCAAGCCCUGGCCGUCGAUGGGUUUUUUACAGCCUAUCCUAGUGUGUUUCAGUGCCUCACAAAGCUCCGUCUGUAUAAUGUGCGGUUUGCUGAGUGGGAUAUGCAACACCUCCUGUUUGACUCCUGCAAGCAACUCAACCAAUUAUCUCUGUCCCACUGUGAUGUUGGGGACUCUUCAGUAUGGCAGAUAAAUGCACCAGAUUCCAAACUCAGAAUCCUUGAAGUCCGCAUGUCCUGCUUGAAGAGAAUUGAGGUGCUCUGCCUACCAAAACUGAAGCAUCUACGUUGGGACGAGUGGUUUUGUUUUGAGGCCCCCUUGCGUUUUGGUUCUGUUCCAUCCCUCAAGGGGCUGGGCCUUAUUUGUGGUGCGACCAUUGAUCAUCAGGAGUUUAGUCUAAGCCAGGUUCUACAUGGUACCAGAAACAUCCAUGCUCUUACUUUGGAUUUCGAAGGAGAAAGGCUUUGGAUACAACCCGAAGGAAAGCAACUCUGCCAUGCAUUCAAACAGCUAAGGAAGCUGUCUAUUUGUGGCAUCUUUGUCGAUUUUGACCUGUUAUGGACAAUAAAUCUCCUUGAAGCUGCUCCAUCCAUUGAGAUAUUUUCUGUGCGGAUAUGGGACCAUGCUUGCCAGGAUGAUGAGCAGUUAAGAACAAGAACAGGUUACAAGGCUCAAAGAACGAAACCGUCAUGGAGCAUGCCCAAGUUCACAAGCUCUGAAACUUGGCAACUGAGAGAGCUUGAAAUUGUUCGCUUUAGGCCCCAAGAGCUACAAAUUUCAUUUUUAAGGUCCGUCAUGGAGCGAGCUUCAAACUUGAAGAUGGUUCUUCUCAAAGAAGAUAAAGAACCAUGCGACGCUUGCGAUUCAAUGAACACUCCAAGAGGAGGUUUCUGUCCGGCGGACAAAGGUGAGCAGGAAGCAAUCGUCAAGCAGCUUACAGAUGGGGUCGGGUCCUCUGCGCGGAUAAUUUUUCCAAACAGUGGUGGUAGUUGA